AUGAACGACGCAGUAACUAUCCGGACCAGGAAGUUCAUAACCAACCGACUACUUCAGAGGAAACAAAUGGUCAUUGAUGUCCCUCAUCCUGGGAAGGCAACAGUACCAAAGACAGAAAUUAGGGAAAAACUAGCCAAAAUGUGCAAGACCACACCCAAUGUCAUCUUUGUAUUUGGAUUCAGAACUCACUUUGGUGGUGGGAAGAUAACAGGCUUUGGCAUGAUUUACGAUUCUUUGGAUUAUGCAAAGAAAAAUGAACCCAAACAUAGAUUUGCAAGGCAUGGCCUGUAUGAGAAGAAAAAGACCUCAAGAAAGCAGGGAUAG